AUGUCAGAAGUCUCUGUGGAAGAGCUUUGCAUGCCUCCUUUUGGUGCAUUUCUGUGGCAGUGCGCCCAAACUCCAAGCGACAAGCGUGGCACCUUUUCGUCUGCUUGGCAGCACAACCUCUUCGAGUUCUUUACCCCAGGAGACAUUGUGGCUGUGGACUGUCGCAGCAACAACAGGCAUUGCCAUGCUCUUGUGGUGGACAACGUGAAGGAAGGCUAUCCAGCAAGCUUUGUUUGGUGGCUCAAUUUUCCUAGCCAUGAGCGAGCCGAUUCGAUGCUGCAGCAUGACGAGCUUCUCCCAGCAUUCCUGAGAAUGAGUUACGAACUCCCAGAAUCGUGUGGCUUGGCAAGCCGAAUUCGUCUGCAGACAUUUGAUGGCCAUGGGUUCCUCUGCUCACCAGCUCGGGUGGUCCGAGUCUUGCCGGCUACACCGCCAAGAGUUCUUCUGGUGCAUGAUACUGUGACGUAUCGGCGGCUGGCCAAGACACAAGUAGGAAAGGGAGACGGAGUUCUGGAGGUUGGCUCGUCUUAUGGUGAAUGUACCCGCAUCCUAGCUUCCCAUGCCUCAUCCGUGAUUGGUGUGGACAACAGCUCCGAGCUGGUGGAGGAGAGCCGACGACGUUGCCCAGAAUGCCGCUUUGAACUGGUGGAUUGCUUCCAGGAGCCAGAGGUCCUGCGCAAACUUUGCCGGGAGAUGCAGACAGAGGCAAGCAACUUCAAGAUGUUUGUGGACAUCGGUGGCGACCGAAUGACAAGCGUUGUUUGCCAAGCACUCAUCCUCUUGAAUUCUUUCUGGAGUGGUUCUGCGCCGCAGCUUCAGCAACCUUCCCUGGUGGUAGUGAAAAGUGAAGGACUAGCUGCUGCAGCUGCCUUGCACUGUGAUUCUGAGAGUUCGAUCUGUGAUCUGUUGGACUGGUGGCCGCGUUGCGCCAGACCACCACCAAGCACAAGGCAAAGAAAGAAGCGGGCUCACACUGCUCUGCUUCUGCGGCAGCGGUUUUCGCCGCUGGAGUCGUGA